UGGCGGGAUUCACACCUUUUAGCCUCAAAUGUUUCUGGAGUGCAGCAGGAAAGAAAAGAUGGUGCUAUUAAGUUGUCAUAAGCUCCCAGGGAGGCUUUUAGGGCUUUGUGUUGGAAAGAUACUGACUUUUCCCUUCAAAAUGUUUUGGCCAUACUGCUGUCAGGCUGAUGCCAAGAUGUUGACCUCAGGCCGCUGCCAGUGUACAUAGUGUGACGAUGAAUCACAUGCUGUAGCAAAAGGGUCAGACUGCAACCCCUUGCAUGUUGGCUUUUAUAGGUCAUCUCUGGUAUGCCACAGUGCAUCUCAGUGAAAAAGUUCCUGUCGAAAGGGGACCCUUUUUUUCCUCAUGUAAACCUCCAAAAGAAUUCUUUUGGACAAACUGUGGGCGGAGGAAGUUUGGUUUGAAUGUCAAGUAUCGUGUGUCAAGGCAAAAGCUUCUUGAUGAGUUUGCAAACCCCAUCAUCUCUCCUUACUGCAGUACUCAGUGUACCACCAUCUGGCCCACAGCUGAAAACUAUUAAGAUCCGCUGGAACUCCCUCUUCACUAUUCCUCCCCAGUUUGAAGGCAAGUGGAAUAUUGUCAGAAGCUCAGGAGGGACCUCGGAGACGCACAUUUUCCACUAUGAACCGCGCCUUCAACAGGAAAAAAGAUAAAACAUGGAUGCACACCCCGGACGCACUGGCCAAGCAUUACAUACCCUACAACGCCAAGUUCCUUGGAAACACGGAGGUUGAAGCCCCCAAAGGCACAGAAGUUGUAAAGGAUGCAGUCAGGAAGCUAAAGUUUCAGAGACACAUCAAGAAGUCAGAGGGACAAAAGAUCCCCAAAGUGGAAUUGCAGAUCUCCAUUUAUGGCGUGAAGAUAUUGGAUCCCAAGACUAAAGAAGUGCAGCAUAACUGUCAGUUGCACCGGAUAUCCUUUUGUGCGGAUGACAAAACAGAUAAAAGGAUAUUCACUUUUAUCUGCAAAGACUCCGAAUCAAACAAACACCUCUGCUACGUGUUUGACAGUGAAAAGUGUGCUGAGGAGAUAACUCUAACUAUUGGUCAGGCCUUCGACUUGGCCUACAAGAAGUUUCUGGAGUCUGGAGGCAAAGACGUGGAAACCAGGAAACAGAUCGGGAGCCUACAGAAAAGAAUUCAAGAACUGGAAACAGAAAAUGCUGAGCUGAAGCAACAACUUCAAGAUCUUGAAGAACAGCUGAUGAUUGCUCACGUGCCACCACCGCUGCACAUAAACGCAGCUAAUGAAACGUACAUGCUGCAGAGGCCCUCCUCUCUCUUCUGGUGUCACAGCAUCAAGUCGCUCUCCUGUCUGGAAAUCUCCUCUGUCACGCUCACUCCCAUGAGCUCGCCGGAGUCCAACCUGUCUGCGGGGCUACUAACUCCUCCGCCUGCCAAACCUGCUCUUCUUCCUCCUAAGCCUACCGAGGGAUGCAGCAUCCCGCGGCCUCGCGCAGGAAGCAUCUCCAUGAAACCGCAGUCCACAGACAUUUUCGACAUGGUUCCCUUCUCUCCUGUGACGCCACUGGAGCCCACAUUGGCCAGCAACGGCUGCCCACCACCACCGCCGACCACAUUACCACCAGAUAUCAGUAAAGACCUGUUUGGUGCUGAGCCAUUUGAUCCGUUCACCUGUGGGGCAGCUGACUUCCCUCCAGAUAUUCAGUCAAAGCUGGAUGAGAUGCAGGAGGGGUUCAAAAUGGGACUAACCUUAGAGGGCACCGUCUUCUCCCUGGAUCCGCUAGACAGCCGCUGCUGAUGCCAAGAAGACGCUCUUUGUCGUGUACUUUUAACUCGUUUGUAUGAAGAAGUGCCAAAAUCCACUCCACGGUCGAGUCAAGAUGUCACAGUUUUCAUCUUGAGGUUUAUAUGCAUUUGCAUUUAGAUUGGUUUUUCGAUAUUUCAAGGUAAACUCAGAUCCAUUAUAGAAAAGAGCUAUUUUUGUAAAAGAAAAAAAACUUAUGGAAGGAGUAGUUUUGAGUACCUUUGCUUGCACAGGCAAUGAGAGAUGUAAAUAGUCCAAUAUGUCCAAUGGUACACAGAAUUUUCAUAUAAGAUCGUUUGUGUGUAUGCGCCAUUUCAAUUCUGUAUUGCUAACACAUUCCUGUUUGUAUUCCAAACACACGCUGGCGAUGAAAAUAAAUGGAAUAAAUGGAAUCUGUAUCUUUAACACAGCUUGGCCAUAAUAUCAUAUAGCUUAUUUUACUCGGUAUUAAUUAAUCCAGCCUGAUAUAUAUUUUUUUGUUUACUGACAUGUCUACUGUUUAUUUUUGACAUCGAAUUGUUAUUGUUGUUCAUUUGUUUUUUGUUUUUGUUUUUGUUUUUUGCAUUUUAUGAGUUGCCACCUCAGUGUUUGCUUGUCACAAUUUUACUUUACUGUCUUAAUUUUAGCCUGCUUUUCUUGCACCAGAGGGCACUUUGUUUGGACAGCCUCUGUCCAUAAACAGUACUAUUCCCAUUAUUUGACUUUGCUGUUGCAGUUAUUAAAGAAAAUUUAACUUCCAAAAA